AUGAUUUUGUAUGAACGUAAUAAUGGACUAUCAUCAAAUCUUUCAUUUACAUUUGAUUUUGGUAAAAAUCUUUCAAAUCUUGAUUGUCAUUCAAUAGCACUUAAUGACAAUGAAAACUAUCUUUUACUUGUUGGUAAUCAUGAACUUCAAUUUAUUAAUUUUGAAACAUUUAUUACAUCGAUUGUUAAUACAAUCGGUGAUGAUAAUUCAAUUAUAAUACCAUCAUCAACUGAUAUUGAAUCAGUACCUUUAUUUGAUAUAUGUAAUAUUAAUCGACCUAUUGUUCAAUGGAAUCAUCAAGGUAUAAAUCAAUAUGCUUUAGCUAUUGAUCGUCUUGUUCGUUUCUAUAAUGUUGAUCAUGGACGUAUACAAGAACUUAAUACAAUUAUUGAUACUCAUCAUCAGGUAGAGAAAAAAAAGUAG